AUGGUCUACAAACAAAGCUUCAAGGGUUUGGUAGCUGGGACCAAAUUGAUCUGAAGGAGCUAUGGAAACCCUCCCUCAACUCCCACAAGACAUUAUUGUCAAUAUACUGUCGAGGCUACCAGUCAAAUCUCUGCUACAAUUCAAGUGUGUGAGCAAGCCAUGGCGGUCUUUGAUCUCCGAUCCUCAUUUUGCUAAACUACAGCUCACCCAAUCACAGAGGAACGGUAACUUUAGCAGCCAGAGAGUUCUUCUCAUUACUGAGCCUCCAGAAUCAGCAGCCUGUGAAGCUUCUGGUGAUGAUGAUGACAGCAAAUUAAUUUUGAAACUUGAGUAUCCGACGGCAAUGAAGCGGACUCCUGACUCUGAUGAAUUGAUGGAUGGCCAGGUCGACUUGGGAGGGUCUUGCAAUGGCUUGGUAUGCUUAGUCUUUGAGAAUGAUCGCGUCUUCUUAUUGAAUCCAACAAUUAGAGAAACCAAGGAAUUGGCAAAGCUUAAUGCUUUUGAUCGAAUGGGUACGUUCUCUUAUGGUUUUGGCUUUGAUUUCUCAACUAAUGAUUACAAAGUUGUUAGAGCUGCUCGCCCUUCUAGUGAGGAUGAUGCUUCUAGUGAGACUGAAGUAGAAAUUCUGGAAUUGAAGAGUAACAUUUGGCGAAGGAUUGAAGGCUUUAAGUCUGGUAUCGAAAUAGAAGGACCGGGGAUUUUUCUCCAUGGAGCGUUGUAUUGGCUAGGGGAAAAAGAAAGUGACGGUCUAGAAAUAGUAAAUGUCAUCGUCUCAUUUCAAUUAGCAGAAGAGAAAUUCCAGCUGAUGCCACUACCAGAUCAGAUUGAAGAGAGCAAUGAUUCGAGAGUUUUGGGGGUUUCUGGAGAUUGCCUGUGCCUGUUUAAUGGAUGCGGUGAACGUUAUUUUGAGGCAUGGCUCUUGAAAGAUAGCAACAAGUCAUCGUGGACUAGAUUGUUCGGUGUCCAGAGGGACCUUGUUCCAAGACAUAGAUACUGGGAAAAGGCAUUAUGUUACACAAAAUCUGGUAAAGUUGUAAUAGAUUAUGGUGGGCGGUGCUUAGUCUGGUAUGAUCCAAAAGAAAAGACAUCAAAAACUUAUACUUCGCGCAGUAAUUGGGGUUGGUUUGAUCCAGCUAUCUAUAACGAAAGCCUGAUUUCACCGAAUUGUUAUGAUGCCUAAAAUUUUAUUUAAGAAGCCUUCAAAGAGGCAAGUCAAUUGUAAGGUGAGACAAGUUGCUUCUUCUCCCAUUUCUAUUAUGUUAUUGUGGUUAAAUAUGCAACAGCUACAUAAAAAAGGGGUGCGUCUUUUCUUUGUAA